AUGGCCAGGCUCUGCCCCGGCCUGCUGCUCCUGGUGGCUGUGGUGGCCCUGACAUCCACAGGUGUCCAUGCCUGGGGGUCACCCAAGGUGGUGAGGAAAUUCCAAGACAUCCCCAAAUCCUAUGUGUACGUGCAGCAGGCCCUGUGGUUCGCCAUGAAGGAGUACAACAAGGCCAGCCAAGACCCGUACAUCUUCAAGGUCAAGGAGAUUCUGAAAUCCCAGGAGCAGGUCACAGAGAGUUUGGAUUACCUUCUUGAAGUCAAAAUUGCCCGGACAAUGUGCAAGAAAAUCUCAGGGGAAAAUGAUAACUGCUUAGUACAACAGGAUCCCAAAAUGCAGAAGAUGUUUUAUUGCACCUUUAUCGUUGCCUCCAAACCCUGGAAAUUUGAACUCAAUAUGCUGAAGAAAGAAUGCCAGCCUGUCUAA